CCCUAAAUUAAUCGACCUUCUUAGUUCUUCCCUCCACUUACCUUACCCUAUUUCCACAUCUUGAAUAUUGAAUAUGAGUAUUUUAUUUCAUUUUUUAACAGUUGAGAUAGAGAGAGAAAGACUGGUAGAGAACUUCAAGAACAUACUCUAUUUUAGAGGGAGUGUAUCACAUGGCAAUGGCAUGUGAGUACCAGCUGUUUCCUCCCCUCCUCCCUAAGUCUUCCUUCUUAAUUCCCCCUCUUAAUAUAUACUCUUCUCUUCUUCCUUACUCCAAUCUUUUACCACUUUCUUCUUUCUCUAUCUUCCUCUGUUUUUUCCUUCAUUAAUCAAGCUUUGAGCUUUCUCAUUAAUGGCCGACUAUGAAACCCUAACCCACUGAAACCCACUUGUAAAACUGUAAAUUUAGCUUAAUGAAACUUUACCCACAUAAAAUGAAGCAACUUUGCGCUAUAUUGUUGCUCUUUUCUUUUUACCCUUAUCUAUUUUCCCCUGUUUUUUCUGCUUCUCCUCCUCCUAAUGGAAAAACUAGAGAUGCCCAGAAGUUGUUGAGCUUUAAAUCUUCUCUUUUUAACCGAAAUAUCCUCCAAAACUGGGAAGAAAAUGCUGACCCAUGUCAUUUUACUGGUGUUUUCUGUAAUAACUCCAGAGUUUCUUCUUUGGAUCUUAACUCUUUCUCUCUUUCAACUGAUUUUUCUUCUGUUUCUACUCAUCUUUUCUCUAUUGAACUCUUGACUUCUCUUUCUUUAUCUUCUUCAAAUAUUACUGGUUCUCUUAAACCUUUUCCUCUUUGUUCUUCCUCACUCUCAGAAAUUGACCUCUCUCAAAAUUCCAUUUCUGGGUCUUUCCUUGAUUUGUCAAAGUUUUCUUCUUGUUCUUCACUAUCAAGUUUGAAUCUUUCCUUCAAUUUAUUGGAUUCUUCUAAGGAUUUGAAAGGGGCUCAUUUUGGACUUUCUCUCAAAACUUUGGAUGUUUCUUUAAAUCAUUUAUCUGGGCAACAAGUUCUUCCAUGGGUGUUCUCUCAAGGUUGUGAGAAGUUAACCCACUUAGCUUUAAAGGGGAAUAAGUUACAAGGAACAUUUUCUCUUAAUGGGUGUUCUAAUUUGGAGUAUUUGGAUCUUUCUUCCAAUAAUAUAUCAAGUUCCAUACCAAAUUUUGGGGAAAAUUGUCCUAACUUGAAGUACCUUGAUUUAUCUUCAAAUAAAUUUAAUGGAAGAAUUGAUGAUAAUGUACUUGUUGGGUGUAACAGUUUGAGCUUCUUGAAUGUCUCUGAAAAUGAGUUAAAUGGAGGAUUUCCUUCAUUGCCAUCUUCAAGUAUGCAAUAUCUUAACUUGGGUAGCAACAAGUUUCAAGGUAUGAUUCCAAAGAGUUUUGCUGAUGAUUUCUGCUCAACUUUGGUAAAUUUGGAUCUUUCCUUCAACAAUAUUUCUGGUAUGAUCCCAAACGGCUUUGAAUCUUGCUCCUUAUUGGAGAUUUUUGAUGUUUCUAACAACAAUUUUUCUGGGGAUUUGCCUGUUGACAUAUUUUUGAAAAUGGGAAACUUGAAGGAACUGCACUUAGCCUUUAAUAACUUCAAAGGUUCUUUACCUGAUUCAUUCUCUAUGCUUAGUAGUCUAGAAUCAUUAGACUUAAGCUCCAAUCUGAUUUCUGGAAAAAUCCCAUCUGGGAUUUGUCAAAACCCUGAUGGAAAGCCUAGCAAAUUGAAAGAACUUGACCUACAAAACAAUCAAUUAACUGGUCCAAUACCAUCCAGUUUAAGUAAUUGUUCUCAUCUAAUUUCUCUUGAUCUUAGCUUUAAUUACUUAAGUGGCACAAUCCCAACUAGUUUGGGUACUCUCACUAAGCUCAAAGACUUGAUCAUGUGGAUGAACAAACUUGAGGGAGAAAUCCCAGCGGAGCUUAUGUAUACUAGAGCACUUGAAAAUUUGAUUUUAGACUACAAUGAGCUAACUGGUUCAAUCCCUCCUGGUCUGAUGAACUGCACAAAUUUGAACUGGAUUUCGUUGUCGAGCAACAAAUUGAGCGGAAAAAUACCAUCUUGGAUUGGUAAGUUGAGUAAUCUUGCCAUUCUUAAGCUCUCAAACAACUCGUUUUAUGGCGAAAUCCCACCCGAGUUGGGUGAUUGUAAGAGCUUGUUAUGGUUGGAUUUGAAUAGCAAUAUGUUCAAUGGGAGUAUUCCGAAGGAGUUGGCGAAUCAGUCGGGUAAAAUGGCUGUGGGUCUUGUUGUUGGGAAGAAAUUUGUGUACUUGAGAAAUUUUGGAGGUAAGGGUUGCCAAGGAACUGGGAAUCUCCUUGAAUAUGCUGGGAUUAGGCCAGAUGCUGUUAAUAGACUCCCUACUGUUUGCAAAUUUCAGCAAAUCUAUCAAGGUCAUACUCAGCCCAUUUUUAACUAUAAUGGGUCUAUGAUCUUUCUUGAUUUGUCCUAUAAUCAUCUUCAGGGUGGUAUCCCUAAGGAGCUUGGCACAAUGUACUAUCUUUCCAUUUUGAAUUUGGGUCAUAAUAAUCUUUCGGGUCCAAUUCCGGAUGAACUUUCAGGGAUGAAAAACAUUGGUGUUAUGGAUCUAUCUCAUAAUCAUCUGUCGGGUUUAAUCCCAUCGUCUUUGGGUAGUCUUUCAUUGUUGACAGAUAUGGAUUUGUCGAGCAACAGUCUCUCUGGAAUGAUUCCUGAAUCAGCACAGUUUGAGACAUUCCCGGCUUCUAGAUUCUCGAAUAACCCUGGCCUAUGUGGUUAUCCUCUUCCUCGGUGUGACAAAAACGAUGGGGCGAAUUCGACUCAACAUCACAAGCAUGGGAAACAGGCUUCCCUUGCAGGGAGUGUGGCAAUGGGAUUGUUGUUCUCUUUGUUUUGCAUAUUCGGGUUGAUCAUUGUCGGCCUUGAGGUGAAGAAACGACGGAAGAAGAAGGAAGCCUUGCAGGAUAUUUAUAUGGACGAAAACUCUCAAUCGGGAAACAAUACAGCUUCUGCUUGGAAAUACACGAGUAAUCGCGAGGCGUUGAGUAUAAACCUUGCAGCAUUCGAAAAGCCUCUCCGAAAACUUACAUUUGCUGAUCUUCUAGAAGCCACAAACGGUUUCCACGAUGACAGUAUGAUCGGAAAAGGUGGAUUUGGUGAUGUCUACAAAGCUCAACUCAAAGAUGGGAGCGUGGUUGCUAUCAAGAAGUUGAUACAUAUAAGCGGGCAAGGAGAUCGAGAGUUCACAGCCGAAAUGGAAACCAUCGGAAAGAUCAAGCACCGUAACCUUGUACCUCUUUUGGGAUACUGCAAGGUCGGGGAAGAGCGUUUGUUGGUCUACGAAUACAUGAAAUAUGGAUCCCUCGACGAUGUCCUACAUAAUCAUAAGAAAGGUGGGAUCGAGCUAAAUUGGGCGGCCAGGAGAAAGAUCGCCAUCGGAGCAGCUCGAGGCUUAGCUUUCCUACAUCAUAAUUGCAUUCCUCACAUAAUUCAUCGCGAUAUGAAAUCGAGUAAUGUUCUACUAGACGAAAAUGUAGAAGCGAGGGUGUCUGAUUUCGGGAUGGCUAGACUAGUGAGUGCAAUGGAUACUCAUUUGAGUGUGAGCACUCUAGCAGGUACCCCAGGAUACGUUCCACCCGAGUACUACCAAAGUUUUAGAUGCUCGACCAAAGGGGAUGUAUAUAGCUACGGUGUUGUAUUACUCGAGCUGCUCACAGGGAAACCGCCGACAGAUUCAGCAGAUUUUGGUGACAAUAAUCUAGUAGGUUGGGUGAAAAUGCACGCGAAAUUGAAAAUAAGCGACGUAUUUGAUCCCGAGUUAAUAAAGGAAGAUCCAAACUUAGAAAUCGAGCUCUUACAGCAUCUGAAAGUCGCGUGUGCGUGCUUGGAUGAUCGACCAUGGAAACGCCCGACAAUGAUACAAGUCAUGGCUAUGUUUAAGGAAAUACAGGCAGGUUCGGGGCUUGAUUCGGCGUCUACCAUUACAGAAGAUGAUGGAAGUUUUAGUACAAUGGGAGCAAGUUUUAGUACAGUAGAUGUACUAGAUAUGAGCAUAAAAGAAGUCCCUGAAGGGAAUUACAAGCAAUAACAGAAGAAAAUGGAUUUUCCUGAUACCAACAUUCAUAAAAAUGUAGUAUCUUGUAACAAAUUAAUGUAUGUAUGAUCAAAAAAACUUUUUUUUUUUUUAUAAGAUUUUUAUACAUAGAUGGUUUUGUAGUGUGUAUAUAUUGUACUAAAUUAGUAGCCUAUUCCAGUUUUUUUUAAUUAGUUUUCUUUGCUUCUAACAUGGGCAAAUGAACAUCUAAGCAAGUAGUAAAGUAAUUUUCCAGCCUAUUCCUUUUUAUUGUUCCAUUUUUUAAUUUUUGUAUGUUUGUCGAUGUAAAUAUUCAAUCAAAAAUAUUUAAAAUUGUGUUU